AGAGCUUCAUCUAGUUCUGCUUUCUCCAUGCUAUCGAAUUGGUUCUCCAGCUCUAGCUCUCUUUGAUGAGAUUUUGAACCUUUCUCCAUUCAUCCUACACCAAGUGAUUAGCUAGCUUACAAAGUUUGUCAAAGAUAUAGAGAUGACAACAGCAACUCCCACAACAAUUUCAGAUUAACUACUCUCUUCAAGUAGAAGCAAUGGCUGCUCCUGCACAUAGUUCCUUGAAAAAGCAACAUUACAUUGAGAGAGCCUCAUCUAGCUCUGCUUUCUCCAUGCUAUCGAAUUGGUUAUCCAGCCCUAGCUCUCUUUGAUGAGAUUUCGAACCUUUCUCCAUUCAUCCUGCACCAAGUGAUUAGUGCCACGUGCAAUUUGUAGAUUCCACUCUCCGCGUCACCAAGGUUGAACUUAAUUUGCCACAUAGUUCCUUGGUUCUUAAUGACAAUGAAACCACCAUAUUACUAAUUCCCACUUCUGAAUGAUGUACUACACAGUGUCGUUUCCUAGCAUGCAUUUUGUUCCAGUAGGAAGAUCUUUGUGCAGAUACAAACGACUCACUUUAGCUGCUCAUUCAAAAAGGAAAAGAAGACCACCACAGAACCGUCGGUAUCAACCACAUCCCAAGCAACCUCCAGAGUUUGGUGUUAAUCUGUUCUUGAAGAAGCCUAGCACCACCUCUGGACCCAUACCCAUUGAAGAAGAUAUGUAUGAAGGUCCUCAUGAAGAGGAGGAAGAAAAUAUUGGUGUUGUUUGGGAAUCAGAUGAGCUUGAAGCCAUCGCAUCACUUUUUCAAGGUAGAAUCCCACAGAAGCCUGGAAAAUUAAAUCGAAAAAGGCCUCUUCCUCUUCCAAUUCCCUGCAAACUUCGACCUUUGGGACUACCUACACCAAAAUCGCUAGUAAAAUUGACAGCUCCAGGUGUGGUUUCUUCUCGUGCUUCUGUGGCUAAGAAAGUGUAUAAAAGCCCGAGUUUCCUAAUUGGGUUAGCAAGAGAAAUAAGUAGACUUGGUCCAGAUGAAGAUGUAUCUAAGAUUCUUGGAAAGUGGGUGCAGUUCCUGCGGAAAGGGUCCUUGUCAUUGACGAUAAGAGAAUUAGGCCACAUGGGAUGCGCUGAGAGAGCCUUGCAAACAUUCUUAUGGGCUCAAAAUCAAUCUCAUCUCUUCCCGGAUGAUUGGAUUCUGGCCUCAACUGUUGAGGUAUUGGCUAGGAGCCAUGAGUUAAAAAUUCCAUUCAACAUAGAACAGUUUACUGGGUUGGCAAGUCGUGGUGUGUUGGAGGCAAUGAUUAGGGGGUUUAUAAAAGGAGGAAACCUUAGACUAGCGUGGAAGGUUCUAGCAGUUGCCAGGAGGGAUAAAAGAAUGUUAAAUUCCAGCAUUUAUGCUAAACUAAUAUUAGAACUUGGAAAGAACCCUGAUAGACACAGGCACGUAGUGCCCUUGUUAGAUGAACUUGGAGAACGAGACGAAUUGAAUUUAAGCCAACAAGAUUGUACUGCUAUAAUGAAAGUCUGCACUAAGAUGGGGAAAUAUGAAGUAGUUGAGAGCCUGUUUAGUUGGUUUAAACAGUCUGGCAAUCAACCAAGUGUAGUUAUGUUCACUUCUGUGAUUCACAGCCGUUACAUGGAGAAGAAAUACAGAGAGGCCCUGGCUGUAGUUUGGGAAAUGGAGGCUUCAAAUUGCCUCUUUGAUCUUCCAGCGUAUCGUGUGGUAAUAAAGUUGUUUGUUGCUUUGAAUGAUCUAUCUAGAGCCAUGAGAUAUUUUUCAAAACUUAAAGAAGCUGGAUUUUCUCCCAGUUACGGCAUAUACAAGGACAUGCUUCAAAUUUACAUGGCCUCCGAGAGGAUAUCAAAGUGCAAAGAUAUUUGCAUGGAGGCCGAAAUAGCAGGUUUCGAGCUAGAUAAAUAUCUAGUGAAUAGUGAAAAACUGUAGACUUUAAGAAUUCUGCAGGCAUCCUCUUGUCUGAAUCAGUUUUGAAUCCUACCAUGGUAAUGGGGCCUUCCAUUUAAUUUUGAAAUAUUUAAUAUAAUAUGAGGUGAAUUUUUAGACUGAGUAACAAACUAUGUUCUGCUAACAAUUUCAUUUGUCAUUUAUGAAUCCUCUAAAUAAACAACUUAUAUAAAUUAAUUCUUAUAAUUAGUUUUUUUAUAAGUUUUUAUUGACUUUCACUUCUAAUAAUUUUAUCCAUACACGUUCACUCUGCAUAUGCGUAAUACUUCCUAGUAUUGUAACGGAGUAAAAUAUCAAUUUGGUCUUUGAAAUUGUAUGAUUGUAUCAAUUUUAUCUGAAAAAUUAUAAAAGUCUCAAUUUAUUCUUUAAAAUUUAAAAUUUUGUUUAAUGUUAGUUUCUCUUAUUAGUUUGCUUUGAUCAAUACUGAGGUGGCAUUGUAGUUAAUGAUGAUGUGGUACUAAAGUGGUAAAUUGUAAAUUUUGUUAUAUUUUUACUUUUAAUUUCAUUUAAAUUUGAUUCGUAGAUUCUAUUAUUCAUCUUAUCUUCUCUUUUAUAAUGUUCUUCUCCGUCCCUCCUUUCUUUUCAUUGAACUCUCAAUUCCAUUCCAAUCUCAAAACUUGAACGAACCACCAAUUUCAAGUUGUACCAAAUCCUAAGUUCAAGCCUCCUAAAAAGACAAACUAAAAAAUUGAAUAUAUAAUAUUGUAUAGAGUGUAGGGUUUAUUUUGUACACAACUUUAUUUUGUUCAAUGUAUAGUCCUUGUAAUGCCAUUUUUUUUUUUACUUAAAAUGUAUUAUUGUUUUUCAUACUUGUGUUGUAAUAUUGCUGUUUUUUUUAACACAACGACAAAUGAAACCAAGACUGUUUUAUAAAUAUUGUUGUUUAUAUAAUGUAACUAUGAUUAAGUUUUUGUUGUUGUUUAUGUUAAGUUUUUGUUGCUAUUUUUAUAUAUUCUUUGUUGUUUUUAUAAUGGUUUAUAACAAAAUCAAUAUGCACGUAUUGCUAAAUGAGCUUAACACUC